UCUGUUCUUUUCUUUUUUUUCUUCUUUCUUUUAGCUCACCAGGUUUCUUAAUCCUCUAAAUAAGGAUCUCAUAACUAAAGUUAAAGAACUGGUUGGCCAUGGUGUGACCAAUGUGAAGGAGAUGAAGCGGCACCUGAAAGUCUUUGUUGACACCAUUCUCUUCCCAAACCCAAAGUCUAGACCAACUUCAAAUGAUAUGGCUUACUAUCCAAGUGACCUAUGUGUUCGUAACCACAUCUAUGCUGCUCGCAUGAAACUAAGAGUAUGAAAGCAGAUAGUCUGAAGGAUAGACUAGAGGAAUCAGAGAUGCUUAUGAAAGAGAUGUCUCUGAGUUGGGAAGAGAAACUUGUCAACACAGAAAGAAUACACAAAGAGAGGCAAGCAGCACUAAGAACAGAUGGGUAUCUCGGUUCAGACAUCAGGGAUCAAAGUAGAGAGGAAUAAAUGUUUCCUGGUCAAUCUCAAUGCUGACCCUUCACUCAAUGAACUGCUUGUCUACUACCUCAAGGAUCACAAUGUAGCUGGGAGGGCUGAUGAGGAGACACAAACAGAUAUCCAGCUAAAUGGGCUUGGUAUCAUGCCUAGACAUUGUACCAUUGAUGUAGAGAAUGACAUAGAUGUCUACAUCUCACCAUGUGAAAAUGCAAAGGUAUAUGUCAAUGGAAGUGCUGUGACAAGUAAGACAUCGUUGAGGUAUGGAGACAGGAUACUUCUAGGCAACUAUCAAUUCUUCAGGAUAAACUGUCCAAGAGCUCCUGGAGUUGGAUCAAGUGGAACAACAACCCCUGAGCCUGUGGCCCAGCCAGUGACAGAAAGCUUUGACUUUGAUUAUGCACAGAAUGAAGUCAUGAUGCAAGAACUACACAAUGACCCUGUACAAGCUGCCAUGAAGCUCAUAGAAGUCCAGCACCAAAAGGACAAAGAUGGCGCCCUUUUCAAGCAGCGGGAGGCUUACGAGCAGGAGCUGGCCGCACUGAAGCAACAGCUGGUUCCCAAGAACUCCUCAGGUCACCACCAACCCAACAGCAGACAGGAGGAUAGGAGGAUAGAAGAUGAAGGGACCCAGAGCCAGAGCGGUGAUGGGUCAUCGUUAGGGAUAGGGUCGUCGCUAGGGGUGGAGCCUUAUGAGUAAUGGAGCGAAGACAGGGAUGAUAUGUUCAGACAGAGUCUUGCCAAGCUGAGUGAAGACGUUGUCAAGGCAAACGCCCUGAUCAGAGAGGCCAACUUCCUGGGGGAGGAAAUGGGCAAACAGACAGAGUUCAGAGUCACACUACAGAUACCGGUCUGUAACCUUACUCCAAAUAGAAAGAGAGGAGCCAUAGUGAGUGAGCCGGCCAUUCAGGUGAAGGGUAAGGACAGAGGGACACAGAUCUGGUCUGUGGAGAAGCUGGAGAAUAAGAUCAUUGAUAUGCGUGACAUGUACAACGAUAGGAAAGACGAAGGCAUUCCUCUAAAGGUACUCAAAACUUGAUCAAGAGAACCUCCAGAUGCAGGUAAAGCAAUGGGCAGAACAGAAUCCAUGGGAUAGGUUCGAACUCAACCUAGCACCUUCAGCUCCCUCUGGAGAAUUAGACUCUAUGCAAAACAAUGCUGAGGUAUCCAUGGAGCAAGAUUUGGAAGAGGAUGAGGAAGUUCUCCCAUUGCCUUAACACUCUGCAGGAGGAGGAGGAGCUGCAAGCGGAGGCGGACGUGUUUCUGCUGAGCUCCCUUGUUUCUCAUAUUUUUUUCCGUUUUGGCGUUUGUUUCUAUGCUGUGAUUGGUACUAAAGUGAUGAUCUGGACGCGUACAAGCCAUUUCUAGGAUGAGUCUUUUGAUUUAGCUUUUUGAUUUUCAUAUAUUUGGUGAUUUAGUGAUCAAAUUUUGGCUUUUUGAUAGU